AUGACUGGUAGUCUUGCUUCGUGGUCCUGCAAGCUCUGUAGAUCUCAUGAGGGAUUCGGACCUAUAUCCUUUUAUGGCGACUUCACUCAAUGCUUUAUUGAUGGUGUAGUCUUAAAUCUGUCAGCAAUUUUUAUGUUAGUUUUUGGUACCAGGGAUUUGGUUCAUCUUUGUAAGAUAAGACAUCCUGGCGUAAAAUAUAGACGAAAUUGGAUUAUUGUUUCUAGAAUGGCACUUGUCCUGUUGGAGAUAGCAUUUGUUUCACUCGCAUCUUUGAAAUUGUCUAAAGAUGAAACUGAAGAUUUUACAAUUGUAAGCCAAUAUGCUUCGACCAUGUUGUCUUUAUUUGUUGCCCUAGGUCUACAUUGGAUUGAAUACGACAGAUCAGUUGUAGCCAACACCGUACUUUUAUUUUAUUGGCUUUUUGAAACAUUUGGUAAUUUUUCCAAACUAAUAAAUAUCCUUAUUAGACAUACAUACGAAGGUGGAUGGUAUUCUGGUGAGCAAGGUUUCAUACUGACAUUAUUUCAAGUAAUUACAUGCGCCGGUAUUCUACUACUUGAAGCUCUUCCAAAGAAACCGCUAAUGCCACACCAACACAUACAUCAAAGCUUGACAAGAAGGAAACCGAAUCCAUAUGAUAGCGCCAAUAUAUUCUCCAGGAUUACUUUUUCGUGGAUGUCAGGUUUAAUGAAAACUGGUUAUGAAAAGUACCUAGUGGAAGCAGAUUUAUAUAAAUUACCAAAGAAUUUCAGCAGCGCAGAAUUAUCUCAAAAAUUGGAGAAAAAUUGGCAAAGUGAACUAAAGCAAAAAUCAAAUCCUUCGCUAUCUUUGGCUAUAUGCAAAACAUUUGGAUCUAAAAUGCUUCUAGCUGCCUUUUUUAAGGCCAUUCAUGAUAUUUUGGCAUUUACUCAGCCACAAUUACUAAGGAUUUUGAUUAAGUUUGUUACCGACUAUAACGAUGAGAGAGAAAAUGGUAGUAAUCCUUCUGUUUUCGGAUUUCAAAGUAGCCCCCAUCAAAAGUUGCCCAUCGUAAGAGGGUUUCUGAUUGCGUUCGCUAUGUUUCUUGUGGGAUUUACUCAGACGUCUGUCCUGCAUCAGUAUUUUCUGAACGUUUUCAAUACAGGGAUGUACAUCAAAAGCGCUUUAACUGCCUUGAUAUAUCAAAAGUCGUUAGUCUUAUCUAAUGAGGCAUCUGGACUUUCUUCUACUGGUGAUAUUGUUAAUCUAAUGAGUGUGGAUGUUCAAAAGUUACAGGAUUUGACGCAAUGGUUAAAUCUAAUAUGGUCAGGUCCCUUCCAAAUUAUUAUCUGCCUGUAUUCAUUGUAUAAGUUGUUGGGAAAUUCAAUGUGGGUUGGUGUAAUUAUCUUAGUUAUCAUGAUGCCAUUGAAUUCAUUCUUAAUGAGAAUACAAAAGAAGUUACAAAAAUCCCAGAUGAAGUACAAAGAUGAAAGAACCCGUGUUAUAAGUGAAAUCCUAAACAAUAUUAAAUCCCUGAAGCUAUAUGCAUGGGAGAAACCUUACAGAGAAAAGCUGGAGGAAGUAAGAAACAACAAGGAAUUGAAGAAUUUAACAAAAUUGGGCUGUUAUAUGGCGGUUACAAGCUUUCAGUUUAAUAUAGUUCCUUUCCUUGUUUCAUGCUGCACCUUUGCGGUAUUUGUAUAUACCGAAGAUAGGGCAUUGACAACUGAUUUGGUUUUCCCCGCUUUGACCCUUUUCAAUCUGCUUUCAUUCCCAUUAAUGAUUAUUCCCAUGGUUUUGAAUUCUUUUAUCGAAGCUUCUGUUUCUAUUGGUAGAUUAUUCUCAUUCUUUACUAAUGAAGAGCUGCAACCGGAUUCCGUCCAGCGCUUACCAAAUGUAGAGAAUAUCGGCGAUAUAGCCAUUAAUAUUGGAGAUGACGCUACUUUUUUAUGGCAACGAAAGCCGGAAUAUAAGGUGGCCUUAAAGAAUAUUGAUUUCCAAGCUACAAAAGGGAAUUUAACUUGCAUUGUCGGCAAGGUUGGAAGUGGUAAAACAGCUUUAUUAUCAUGCAUGCUCGGUGAUCUAUUUAGAGUGAAAGGUUUUGCAACAGUUCAUGGCUGUAUUGCAUAUGUUUCACAAGUACCGUGGAUAAUGAAUGGUACCGUAAAAGAAAACAUUCUUUUUGGGCAUAAGUAUGAUGCGGAAUUUUAUGAAAAAACUAUCAAAGCCUGUGCAUUAACUAUUGAUCUGGCGAUUUUGAUGGAUGGGGAUAAGACUUUGGUUGGUGAGAAGGGAAUUUCCUUGUCAGGAGGGCAGAAAGCUCGUCUAUCUUUAGCAAGAGCAGUUUAUUCAAGAGCAGAUACUUAUUUACUCGACGAUCCUUUGGCAGCUGUUGAUGAACAUGUUGCAAGGCACUUGAUCGAACAUGUAUUGGGCCCAAAUGGUUUGCUACAUACAAAAACUAGGAUAUUAGCCACCAAUAAGGUGAGCGCUUUAUCAAUCGCAGAUUCUAUUGCAUUGUUGGAUAAUGGAGAAAUCAUUCAACAAGGCGCAUAUAGUGACAUUACUAAGGAUGCGGACUCUCCGUUAUGGAAAUUACUAAACGAUUAUGGUAAGAAAAAUAAUAAUAAGCAGAGUGAAGAGUGUGACUCUUCCAAAAACUCGGUUCGUGAAAGCAGUAUACCAGUCGAAGGCGAGCUGGAACAAUUGCAAAAACUAAAUGAUUUGGAUUUUGGAAGUCCUGAUACCGUAAGUUUAAGGAGAGCUAGUGAUGCAACCCUAAGAAGUAUUGACUUUGGUGACGAUGAAAAUAUUGCUAAAAGAGAGCAUCGUGAGCAAGGGAAAGUGAAGUGGAAUAUCUACUUAGAGUACGCUAAAGCUUGCAACCCGAAAAGUGUGUGUGUAUUCUUAUUGUUCAUUGUUAUAUCAAUGUUACUUUCCGUCAUGGGUAAUGUAUGGUUGAAACAUUGGUCCGAAAUUAACAGCCGCUAUGGAGGUAAUCCGAAUGCUGCUCGUUACUUGGCCAUUUAUUUUGCCCUUGGUAUCGGCUCUGCACUAGCCACUUUAAUCCAAACAAUUAUUUUAUGGGUUUUUUGUACUAUUCACGCUUCCAAAUAUUUGCAUAACUUGAUGACAAACUCUGUUUUAAGAGCCCCGAUGACUUUUUUCGAAACAACACCAAUUGGUAGAAUUUUGAACCGUUUUUCAAACGAUAUAUAUAAAGUAGAUGCUUUAUUGGGAAGAACGUUUUCUCAGUUCUUCGUCAAUGCAGUAAAGGUCACAUUUACUAUUACGGUCAUUUGUGCAACGACGUGGCAAUUUAUCUUCAUCAUUAUUCCGCUAGGUGUAUUUUACAUUUACUACCAGCAGUAUUAUUUGAGAACAUCGAGAGAAUUGCGUCGUUUAGAUUCUAUCACCAGAUCACCAAUAUACUCCCAUUUUCAGGAGACUUUGGGCGGUCUUGCUACAGUUAGAGGUUAUUCACAGCAAAAGAGAUUUUCACAUAUUAAUCAAUGCCGUAUAGAUAAUAACAUGAGUGCAUUUUAUCCCUCCAUUAAUGCCAAUCGUUGGUUAGCUUAUAGACUGGAACUUAUCGGUUCUAUUAUAAUUCUAGGUGCAGCAACCUUAUCCGUUUUUAGACUAAAGCAAGGCACACUAACCUCGGGAAUGGUUGGCUUAUCAUUAAGUUACGCAUUACAAAUCACGCAAACGUUAAAUUGGAUCGUUAGGAUGACUGUAGAGGUUGAGACCAAUAUUGUUUCAGUGGAAAGAAUAAAAGAAUAUGCUGACUUGAAGAGUGAAGCCCCUUUAAUAAUUGAAGGUCAUAGACCACCCAAACAAUGGCCCGCUCAAGGUGACAUUAGGUUCAACAAUUACUCUACUCGUUACAGGCCAGAGCUUGAUCUUGUUCUGAAGCAAAUUAAUAUACAUAUAAAACCAAACGAAAAAGUUGGUAUUGUUGGCAGAACAGGAGCGGGGAAAUCCUCAUUAACAUUAGCUCUUUUCAGAAUGAUCGAGGCCAGUGAGGGAAAUAUUGUGAUUGAUGGUGUUUCCAUCAACGAGAUUGGUCUAUAUGACUUGAGACACAAACUAUCCAUCAUACCUCAAGAUUCUCAGGUAUUUGAAGGUACUGUUCGUGAAAACAUUGAUCCGAUCAAUCAGUACUCCGACGAAGCUAUUUGGAGAGCCUUAGAACUCUCUCAUCUGAAAGAACACGUGCUAUCAAUGAGUAACGACGGACUAGACGCUCAAUUAUCGGAAGGUGGCAGUAAUUUAAGUGUUGGACAACGACAAUUAUUGUGUCUGGCAAGAGCAAUGUUGGUUCCUUCUAAGAUUUUGGUACUCGAUGAAGCUACUGCCGCAGUGGAUGUGGAAACAGAUAAAGUCGUCCAAGAGACAAUUCGCACCGCCUUCAAGGAUAGAACUAUCCUAACUAUCGCGCAUAGGCUGAACACAAUUAUGGAUAGCGAUAGAAUUAUUGUGCUGGAUAAUGGUAAAGUAGCUGAGUUUGAUACGCCAGGUCAGCUGUUAAGUAAUUCCAAAUCGUUAUUCUAUUCACAAUGUGCAGAAGCUGGGUUGGUCAACGAAGAGUAG